CUGCCUGCCCGGGAUGGGCCCCGAAGAAAGGAUAUAUACUGAGGUGCCCCAUGAAAACCUUGAUGCUCGCCAGGCUAAACAUAAAAAGGAGAAGAAGAAGGAAACACAAGCGGCUGAUGGGGGUAAAAACGAGCCACCGCAGGAGCCAGGCUUCGUCAAAGACAGGAUGAAGCUCUACGAAGCGCUGAAGGAAGACCAUGAUGCUCUCCUUGCUUCCAGAGCAUCUACUCAAAGCAGGCCAAUCAAAAUCACUCUUGCUGACGGGAAGAAGGUAGAAGGAGAAUCCUGGAAGUCAACUCCGUAUCAGAUAGCUUUAGGAAUCAGCCGAGGACUUGCUGACAAUGCCGUCAUUGCCAAAGUGAACGGGGAAUUGUGGGAUUUAGACCGGCCCAUGGAAGGAGACUGUACCCUGGAGCUGCUCACGUUUGAGGAUGAAGAGGCUCAGGCUGUUUAUUGGCAUUCUAGUGCUCACAUCCUUGGAGAAGCUAUGGAGAAUUAUUACGGAGGAUGCUUAUGCUAUGGACCUCCCAUUGAGAACGGUUUUUAUUACGACAUGUACAUUGAAAACAGAUGUGUCUCUAGUGCAGAAUUCCCAGCCCUGGAGAACAUAUGUAAAAACAUCAUCAAGGAGAGACAGCCUUUUGAAAGACUCGAAAUCCACAAGGAGAUCCUGCUGGACAUGUUUAAAUACAACAAAUUUAAAUGCCGAAUCCUGAACGAAAAAGUUGACACUCCAACAACAACAGUGUACAGAUGUGGUCCGCUGAUUGACUUAUGCAGAGGCCCCCAUGUGAGGCACACUGGAAAAAUUAAGGCUCUAAAGAUUUUUAAGAAUUCUUCCACGUACUGGGAGGGAAAGGCCGACAUGGAAACACUCCAGAGAAUUUAUGGAAUAUCUUUCCCAGAAAACAAAAUGAUGAAAGAGUGGGAGAAGUUCCAGGAGGAAGCCAGAAACCGGGACCACAGAAAAAUUGGCAAGGAACAAGAACUCUUCUUCUUCCACGAUCUGAGUCCUGGAAGUUGCUUCUUUCUCCCCAGAGGUGCUUUUAUUUAUAACACACUCAUAGAUUUUAUCAAAGAGGAAUAUCAUCGCCGUAAUUUCACAGAAGUGGUGUCUCCUAAUAUUUACAAUGUAAAACUGUGGGAAGCAUCUGGUCACUGGGAGCACUAUAGCGAAAACAUGUUCUCUUUUGAGGCUGAGAAAGAAAUAUUUGCCCUUAAGCCGAUGAACUGCCCUGGGCACUGUUUGAUGUUUGCCCAUCGUCCCCGGUCCUGGAGGGAGAUGCCUUUAAGACUUGCUGACUUUGGAGUUCUUCACCGAAAUGAACUUUCGGGAACGCUGAGUGGCUUGACUCGUGUCAGGCGCUUUCAGCAGGACGAUGCCCACAUAUUUUGCACAAUGGAGCAGAUUGAAGACGAAAUUAAAGGCUGCUUAAAUUUCUUGCAAUCCAUAUAUUCUGUCUAUGGUUUCACCUUUCAACUUCAUCUUUCCACAAGACCCGUAAACUUUCUAGGAGAAAAGGAAAUGUGGGACCAGGCAGAGAAGCAACUACAAAACAGCCUGGAUGACUUCAGGGAGCCCUGGAAACUAAAUCCAGGAGAUGGAGCAUUUUAUGGUCCCAAGAUAGAUAUUAAAAUCAGAGAUGCUAUCGGCCGCUACCACCAGUGUGCCACCAUCCAGCUGGACUUCCAGCUGCCUAUCAGAUUUAAUCUUACUUAUGUAGGGAAAGACCAAGACGACAAGAAAAGGCCAGUGAUCAUCCACAGAGCGAUUUUGGGUUCAGUGGAGCGAAUGAUUGCCAUUCUGGCAGAAAACUACGGCGGGAAAUGGCCUUUUUGGCUGUCUCCUCGGCAGGUCAUGGUGGUUCCUGUUGGCCCUACCCAUGAAGAAUACGCUCAACAGGUCUGCUGUGAAUUUUUUGAUGCUGGCUUCAUGGCCGACGUGGAUUUAGAUCAGAGCUGCACUUUGAACAAGAAGAUAAGAAAUGCUCAGCUGGCUCAGUAUAAUUUUAUUUUGGUGGUUGGAGAAAAGGAGAAAGCCAAUAAUGCUGUGAAUGUCCGAACGAGGGACAACAAGGUUCACGGAGAAGUUUCGGUCUCUUCCGCCAUCACAAAAUUGAAGCAGCUGAAAGCGUCCCGUAUUUUACAUGCAGAAGAGGAAUUCUAGGAGUUGCCAGUUGGAAGUAUUCUGGACGGGGUCUCUUUACCCAUCUGUCUCUUAAACAUAUUUAUGGGGAAGUCAGUCCCACUGAAUUCAAUGGGCCUUUCUUCAGUAGGAUUAAAGAGAAGGCUGGCCUCCAUCAUGCUUCUUGCCAGUCAGAAAACUAAAUAUAUAACUGGUCCAUAGCCAUCGGAAAUUUCCAGAGGUUGCUGUGUUAGUCUGUUGCAGCCAAAGAGCAGAAUUUCAUGGCUCCGUAAAGACAACCCGGCUUGGCCAUAUGCUGUCUUUCACAAUUUCCCACGUCCUUCGAUGUAGUCUAGGAAACAAGACUCAGGUUUUUUUUCUGCAGCAAGCUGUGUCUGAGAUACUGUGAAGGUGGGGGAACUGGCAAGCUGGGGGAACUGGAAAAAAAACCCCACAAGUCUAGCACACAAAUUUUGCUGUGAAAUCAACUAACUGUAUAUGCUGCUGUCGCUUCCGGGUGGGUGGGCAUGAACUGUCUAGUAGAGGUCCUGCAUAUACCUCUUUUGAGAUGAGCAGAAACAUUCAUGUUUAUUUUAAUGAAUAUAUUUUUAUUUAUUUGGAAAAAAAAACAAAAAACCUUCACAGGUUUAGCUCCCAAGCAAAAGCUUUAAUGAAACAAUAAAAGACCGAGCUUUCAGCAAGGAAAACGCAUCCUGUCAUCUUCAGGAUUACAAACGGCAUACUAGUGACAUUGCAUAUGGUGAUAUUUUUUGAGCCAAUUCAGUCUGUUU